UUGAGAGUUUGCUGCGAAGGCGCGUGUUAGCCUCGCGACAGGACGCGUUACCAUCUAUCGGCACGCGUUCUUAGUCAUUUGCAAUGGAAAUCGGAACAACAUCGACGAUGUCGAGCAAACCAGUUCGCGAGUCGCGAUGGAGCGCGACGGAUCGCGUUCCGAUAUUCGCGAGCAACGACGGAGAAAGAGGGGAAAAGACGAAAGAUUUUGAACGAGAAUAAACGGGCGACCUCGACUCGAAAUUCCGUUAUCUUAUCGCUAAGGGAUCCUCCUAGAAUAUGUCUCGACAAAUAAUUAUUUAGAUCGACGUAAACUCGGUUCGGUAGCGUGAUUCGACGAAUAGUCGAGAUCGCGUGCGUCCAACUUUAAAACGUUUGGCACAGCUCGGCGUGGUCCGGACUCGGCUAAAGUUAAUUUUUGACCCGAGGACAGCGAGUGACCAGUCUCGCGCUCGUUUUCGUCGUCGUCGUCGUUGCGCUCGCGAUCGCCGCAUCGGCGUAAUUUGCAUCGUCGAAGAUCGCGGUAUAUCGGAUAACGGUUUAACGCGACGCUCGACGAUAACUCGGUGACGGGGACGAACGAAGCGUAACAAUUGAAUCGUUUGACCCGUCUUAAUUGGCAAGUUACAUCGACGCGAACGACAAGUUGGCCAGAGACGGAAUCGGUACGCGUUAGUCCACGGUCUCGUUCGUUGGCUUCACGGAAUCUCGUGACCGUCGCGAACGAUCGUCGUUCGGCGUACCCGACGGGGAUAAAAGUAUAAACGCUCGAGUCGAGCGUCGGGCGACGUUCGCGGUUUCGGCUUCGUUACGCUCUGCACGGCUCGUCCGACCUCCGCUCGAUACAGUUUACGAUCGAUUCCUCGUGCCGGACGAACGGGCGUACCAUGGCAGCGAAUCGUGGGAGCGAAACGAAAAUCUCGACGAUCAACGCGACAAAGAGCGACCAGGAGGAUGCGGUGGACAUCGAAAAGGCGAUAUCGGCGACAGGCUACGGAACGUUCAACGUGUUGCUGCUUCUGGCGGCGUUACCGGUCGCGUGGACCGGCAUCUUCGACACCACCACGCCGGCUUUCAUCCUCGCUUCGGCCGAGUGCGAUCUGCAGCUGACUUCUUUCCGAAAAGGCGUUCUCGUAGCGUUUCCGUUCGUAGGAAUGACGUUGACCAGCUUCGUGUGGGACCACGUGACGCCCUACGUUGGUGCAAGAAAUCUGUUCGUCCUCGGCCUGUUGGCGGAUUCCGUUCUGAACGUCCUAUCCAGCGCCGUGGACAGUUACCACGUAUUUCUCGCGAUCAAAUUCGUCAACGGCGUUUUCACGGGUGGACCGUUUUCGAUGGUGAUCGCCUAUCUGUCCGAGUUUCAUUCGGCAAAAUAUAAACCGAGCUUCGCCAGAUGGGCAGGACUGGCUGUAAACGCGGCGAUCAUCGUCCCAGCGGUACUCGGCUUCACGAUUCUUCCGUUGCCGUUGACGAUCGACGUGUUCUAUCGGCGAUACACCAGCUGGCGAAUCUACCUGCUGAUCUGUUCGAUCGUCCCGGUGAUAGGCCUCGUGACGGCCAGCGCGUUGCCGCAAAGCCCCAGGUACCUCGUGGACAUCGGCAAACCCGAACAGGCAUUGAAGCUGCUCGCGAGGAUGUACGCGAUCAACAAGAGGAAGCCGGUAAACGCGUUUCCGAUAAAAUCGCUAGCGGUGUUGCAGAACUCGCAGCUAUCGCGACAAUCCGUGUUCCAGAGGAGUUCCGAGAAACUGCGAAUCUCUUGUUACAACGCCAAGCUGUUGUUCUCCGGUCCGUACCUGCGCGCCGUUUCCUUCCUGAAUUUCCUCCAAUUCGGCAGCAUGCUCGGAUUCAACACGAUGAGACUUUGGGUACCGCAUCUCUUUGUCAUUUUGAAUAACUUCGACGCUGACAAGUGGCGCAAAGACCGAGCCCCGACCAUGCGCGAUAUGCUCGAUCGUCGAAACGCCCUGCCUGUCAGCCAAUACCUGGACUGCCCGAACUUUUCCAACAUUUGCAUCACGUGGAAAGUCAUCGCGGUAAUAUAUCAAAAUUCCUCCAUAAUCGCUGUCUCGGCGGUCCUUUUCUCUUUCCUGGCUAGCGCGAUAGCCAACUCCAAGUUCCGAAAGAAACUGAUAAUGGUUGCCGCUUUCUUUCUCUCGGUGAUAAGCAGCUUCGGAAUGAACUGGGCGCAGCAUCCCGCUUACAUGCUAACGCUGGCUGCUGCCAUUAUCGUCACCACCAGAAUAGCCGGUAACAUCGUUACCGCCGUCAACGUCGACGUCAUCCCCGUUCCGCUAAGACCCAGCAGCGUCGCGAUGCUCACCACCGUUGGAAACGUCGCAGCCAUCGUAGGGAAUUUUCUGUUUUCCGCGUUGCUGGACGUCGAGUGUCUGGUCGCGUUCAUGGGAUUGGGAUGUUUGUUGCUCGCCUGCUUCUGCUUGUCUUUCUUUCAACCGAAACCCGUAAGAGAAUCGACGUCGAAGGCGUUGGAAGCGUGACGCGGCAUCGACGGAACGUUCGUUUUCGGCUUUCUACCCUCUUAAACGGAAACGUCGCUCGAGCAACCGGAGCAAACUGUGAUACCGCUUGGAAAUUAUAACGCUACUUUUCUACGGAACGACUGAACAGGCACAAAUAUUCCGGACGAAACGAAAGAGAAAAGGAAGGAAACGUCGUUCCUGUUCUGGUCUUUGGACCGAUCCUGACAAAUUUCGCUUGAAACUUGUACGUCUUAUCGAACAGAGCGUAUAAGAGAACCGCGCUCGCGUAACAUUUAAUUAACGCCGAACGUAGAUAACGAGAGAGAGAGGAAAAAAGCGAUCGCGAUUGCAACAAUAGCUACGCGUUAAAUAUAUCGUGCCGCAUCGCGUUGCACAGCCAACCAAUCGUUCGAUCGGAAUCGAAGGUUACAUCGCACGAUGCUCCGAUUAACUUUACCUUCGUCUAAUACGAUCGAACGUUUCCGUAGCGAAUGCUUGCGCUCCGAUCGUGCUACGUUUAUUCGCGCGUUUCUUUUACGAAAAUCGUUCCUGCAUCGCGUCGUUUUGCGCAACCUUCGAUUUUCCGUCGCCAGUCUAUAAGCCGCGCACACAGCGUUCGCGGUACACGACGGACCAACAACCUUACGCCCAACAUUUAUUUUCUACAGUAUAUGUAUACAUAUUUACGAUGCCGAACCGUCUAAUUGUUAUUCUUAAAUAUUUGCUUCUGCGUCGCUAGCUUUUGAACAUUUAAAUUAUUUGCCCGUUAAAUUAACGUCAAUUACCGCUGUUAUACGUUCGAACGUAUUCUCCGAGCUAUUAUUGAACUUGGCGAUCUCGAUCGAAAUUUAACUUACGUAAUAGUAAAAGAUAUACCGUUAAGUAAACGAUAUCGUUUAAAGAACUUUCGUUGUUACGCGUUUCUAUCAUUUUAUAAUGCACGCGUGUAUGAUUCUAUUCCGUACCGUUAGCGUCGUGUGACGGCAUAUCCUGAGAUUAAAACGACUUUUACACUCUAUCGGAACUCGCAGUAACUUUCUCGACGUUCGCGCAACUAGAUUUCCAGUGUUAUACUACGGACGGUAAGUGGGUUUCGCCUCGAAAGUCUGGCGAACGCGCGUACACCGGCAGAUGACGCUAUUCGUGCCAUUUUCGACGUUCGCUUUCACCCUUUCGGAAUGAAAAAAGUUCCGAUCGAUACUUUUCGUCGAAUAAAUUCAUUGUUAUAUUUAUCCUGCAAAAUACGUAGUUUCAACAACUCGACGAGGAAUACGAGUUCGAAACGAUAACGACGCGCAGCCGAGCGAGUUUCCAAACGGAUCAAUAUAUCGGCGGUGAUUUUUCAAAUUAAUAAAUCGAUCGAUCACGACCGACUUUUAUUCUUGGUAAGCCGAGUCAAGAACAAUACGAAAUAAUUGAACGCGAUGCAGAAAACGCAAAACCGUUUUGAUAGAAGACGCGGAUAUAGCACGAACAGUUGAUUUAUGAACGCGACUGCGAACGACGCUUCAGUUCUUGAUAAAACUUUUUUCGACGAA